GUGAAGGGCUGCACGGCGGGAGCGGGCGCAGAGCGCAGGGCGGGCGGGAGCGAACAAGCGCGGCUGAGUGCGGGCGCCGGGACGGUGGAGCGGGAAUAGCGCAGAGCCGGGCAGGGAAAGUACUUGUGGCCGGCGGAGCGGCGUCCCGGCACCACCGGCACACGGAGGAGGAGGGCGGCGAGGCGCCCCGCCAGGCCGGGCGGGCUCUCAGCGCGGCGGCGGCAGCAGCGAUCCAGUAAGGCUCCGCGUUUCUCCUUCCUCGGCUCCGCGUUCCCCUUCCCCGGGAGGGUCGGGGUGCCCGCGGGGAGCUGAGCGGCGGCCGGGCAGCUUCCCCUCUCCGGACUGUGUUCUAUGAGUGCAAAGAUGGAGCCUACUUUCUACGAGGAUGCGCUGAGCGCCGGCUUCGCGCCGCCGGAGAGCGGCGGAUACGGAUACAAUAACGCCAAGGUGCUGAAGCAGAACAUGACGCUGAACCUGUCCGACCCCUCCAGCAACCUGAAGCCGCACCUGAGGAACAAGAACGCCGACAUCCUCACCUCGCCCGAUGUGGGGCUCCUCAAACUGGCCUCGCCCGAGCUGGAGCGGCUCAUCAUCCAGUCCAGCAACGGGCUGAUCACCACCACGCCGACCCCGACGCAGUUCCUGUGUCCCAAGAAUGUCACCGACGAGCAGGAGGGCUUCGCCGAGGGCUUCGUGAGAGCUCUGGCGGAGCUGCACAACCAGAACACGCUGCCCAGCGUCACCUCGGCCGCCCAGCCUGUCACCAGCGGGAUGGCACCUGUGUCCUCCAUGGCCGGCAGCACCAGCUUCAACACUAGUUUGCACAGCGAGCCCCCGGUGUACGCCAACCUCAGCAACUUCAACCCCAACGCGCUCAGCUCCGCGCCCAACUACAACGCCAACAGCAUGGGAUACGCGCCCCAGCAUCACAUAAACCCCCAGAUGCCCGUGCAGCAUCCCCGGCUCCAAGCUCUGAAAGAGGAGCCGCAGACUGUACCUGAAAUGCCGGGGGAAACUCCUCCCCUGUCCCCCAUUGACAUGGAGUCACAGGAGAGAAUCAAAGCCGAGAGAAAGCGCAUGAGGAACAGAAUCGCGGCGUCCAAAUGCCGGAAAAGGAAGUUGGAAAGGAUUGCCCGGUUGGAAGAAAAAGUGAAAACUUUGAAAGCGCAGAACUCAGAGCUGGCAUCCACUGCCAACAUGCUCAGAGAACAGGUUGCACAGCUUAAGCAGAAGGUCAUGAACCACGUCAACAGCGGGUGCCAGCUCAUGCUCACACAGCAGUUGCAGACGUUUUGAAGAGACUCUUCAGCGAGAACUGUGUUGUGGUACAACUAAAACAGGAAAAAUCCAAAGUGGCAGAGGCAUAAAGCUAAUGGCAAGAGCUGAGAGGCUGUCCUGCCUGUGCUCCGCAAAGCGCAUGUGUGGAAAGACUUGGCAAAGCCUUCAGCUGGAGCCGGGAGUGCAGCGGCCGGCGCUGCUCCGGGAAGUGCUGUUCCUGCUCGGAUGAGAUGUCAGAUCUUCGUUUAACAUUGACCAAGACCUGCAUGGACCUAACAUUCGAUGAUCAUUCAGUAUUAAAGGUUAAACUGCAAUAGAAACUGUAGAUUGCUUUAUGUAGUAUUCCUUAAGAAAAAAAAAAAAGUGGGAGGGAGGUUUGUGGGAGGCUGAUAAACAAAAAAAAAAAGAACUGUUCUGCCUGCCUUCAAGUAAAUUGUGUAUGUACAUAUCUUUUUUUAUUUUAUUUUAUGAAAGUUGAUUAAUGUCAAUAAACUACUUCAUGACUUUGUAAGUUAUUUUUAUGUUGUUUAUUUGGGCACUGCCCAGUAUUGUUUGUAAAUAAGAGGCUUUUUU